UCCCUUUGUCCCGGUAUUUCAUAUCUGACAAAUCCACAGGCCCGGAGGCAGAUGAGGCUGGAGCAGCAAUGGAGCUGAGGCUCGUUGUCUGUGGGCUCAGACAUGGGGAACAAACAGACCAUCUUCACAGCAGAGCAGCUGGACGCCUAUCAGGACUGUACUUACUUUACCAGAAAGGAAAUCCUCAGACUCUUCUACCGUUAUCGGGAUCUGGCGCCGCAGCUCGUUCCCCUCGACUACACCAGCCAGCCAGAUGUGAAGCUACCAUAUGAGCUGAUUGGGAGCAUGCCAGAGCUGAAGGACAACCCGUUCCGUCAGAGGAUCGCCGAGGCUUUCUCUGAGGACGGACAGGGGAACAUGACGCUGGAGGACUUUCUGGACAUGUUCUCAGUCAUGAGUGAGAUGGCUCCACGGGACCUCAAGGCUUACUACGCCUUCAAGAUUUAUGACUUCAACAAUGACGACUUCAUCUGCAAGUCCGACCUGGAGAAGACCGUGAACAAGCUGACCCGCAGCGAGCUGACGGAGGACGAGGUGAGGAUGGUGUGUGAGAAGGUGAUCGACGAGUGCGACCUGGACAACGACGGACGCCUGUCGCUGGAGGACUUCCAGCACAUGAUUGUUAGAGCCCCGGACUUCCUCAGCACCUUCCACAUAAGGAUUUAAGGACAGGAGGACCUUUCUUAUGCAUCUUGUUUUUGCUUGUUUGUGUAUUUUGUACAAACAUUUGACCCAAAAAAACAACUCUCACAGACUUUUUACAUUUCACAACCAGAGCAAGUACUAUGACUCAUCUUAUCUUUAAUCUUAUCAUCCCUGUUAACAUUUGGGAUUUUGUACCAAAUGCAGAAAUAACACCAGUCAAGGUGUGACCGUACGACUGUCAUCAGGUUGGAGCAUCGGCCGAUCCAU